UUUAUGUACAGAUAAGUGGUCAUUUAUUGUAUUAAUUGUAAUGGGAUUGUUUGGCCUGGCGUUAAAAUUAUCUAAAUAUUUGCUGAUUGCAAUAGAUAGCGCACAAUUAUUAUCACGAGAAGGCAAGUUUUCAAUCCUUUAAAACCCAACCACGCACAUUAGCAGGAACAAACUACCCAGAGCGAGAAAUACUGAUCUCUCUCCCUAAGUUGGCUACCUUGUGAGCAACGAGAUUCCAUUUAUCUCUACCAAUCUUCGAAAGCCUGCCGGCCAGGAUUUUGCUUUGGGAUCCCUUCUACCGUUGGUCGUCAUUCCACCGCGCUCUUGAACUCCAAGGUCCGUUAUUCAAUCCAUAGCUAGUAGUAGCAGUAGACACAGUAGAGACUAGUAGUAGUACUACAAAGGUAGAUGCAUGCAUGGUUCGUAUAGAUUUGUUUUUUUUAUGUGAGAAGUAGUAUAAGUACAGUUUAUAAGGACAUUCAUGGAGUUUUCCACGAAAAUAAAAAGAUGCAUGGAGUUUUACCAAUGGAAAAAUUGUACGAAUGGCUGUUCAGUUGGAAUUGGUCUUCUUGCGGUGCCAUUUUGUUUGUAGUAAUUAAUUGAGAGGAGCGCCAUAGCAGACCAGAGGAACAACGUUCGUUUCCUCUGGUGUUAGGAGUCAAAACAUUCGGGUGGAGCUCUUUUUUGUGUGAAAGCCAGAGGAAAAGAGAGAUAAUGCUACCCUGUGAUGCAACUCUUGUUUGCUGCGGGAAGGCACUUGUAUUGCACAUGGACUUCGCAACUGCAGACUCGACCUGCAUCUUCGCGGUUACUAACUAUAGUUUCAUCAAGGAAACUGGAUUGGGCAAUUUUCUAAGGUCCCAUGCCUUCCAAGUUGGUGGGUAUGACUGGUCAGUUAGAUUCUACCCACAAGGAAUCAAUGCUGAAAGCCAAAACCACAUCUCUAUUCUUGGUGAGCUUAUGAGCGAAAAUGCAGAAGUCAGUGCAAUAUUUUGCUAUCGUUUGAUCUCCCCAGGAGGACAAUGCACAGAGUGGACUCAAACCGGAGUGUUAAACUUAUCUAGUGCAGAAGGAAAAUAUAGGAUGGGAGGGUGGGAGAAGGUCACGGGGAAAACUUUGCUUGAAGCAGAAUAUGUGGAAUUUGACCGCUUCUUGAUUGAAUUUUCCAUCACUGUUAUGAAAGAUCCACUGGUGACUUGCAGUGACUUAUUAUCACCCCAAGUGAAGCUGCCACCACCAGAACUGUCAACUGAUUUUGCAGAUCUUCUAGAGUCAAAAGAAUGGGCGGACGUGACCUUCUGCGUCCAAGGUGAAGCAUUUCCUGCACAUAGGGUAGUGCUCGCGGCAAGGUCACAGGUGUUUAGGGCGCAGCUCUGUGGACCAAUGAUGGAGAAAGACGGGUCAUCCGUAAUCGUGGAAGAUAUGUUACCUGACGUUUUUAGGGCUCUCAUACAUUUUGUGUACACAGACUGCUUGGUGCUUCCUUUCGACGGUUUUGAUGACGAGGACAGAAAAGAGAUUGUACGCCACUUACUCGAGGCUGUGGAUCGCUACGCAAUUGAAAAGUUGAAGCUCAUAUGUGAGGCUACUCUUUGCAGCUGUCUUGAUGUACAAACAGUGGCAACUACAUAUGCGCUAGCUGAUCAACAUCAGUGUAAUGAUCUCAAACAGGCUUGCCUCAAAUUUAUGGCAUCUCCAACAAUACUUGGUGAAGUAAUGGCGAGCCAAGACUAUGAAAACCUCAAGAGAAAGAGUUCUAGUACAGCAUUGGAGAUUUUAGAGAGCGUUUGUAAGCUCCCAAAGAUCUAGUAUGUGGGGUCUAGCUUGUCAUAGUGUGGCGACUGAUACAUCACACCUUUCCAUUGUUUUUCUACUGGUUUUCUUAGUCAUAUGUUAUGUUCAUCAUUUCUGUCGAAUUUGAGUUACUCUAUUCCAAGAAAUAAUGUAUCAAUUCGUUUUAUGCAAGUGCAUAUCAUUUCUUACUUUACAAUAAA